AUGAAUGUUACAUCGGCACUACCCAUUGCAACGGAUAUAAAAACUAUUCGAGAAAAUUAUGACAUAAGCAAUCCUGUUGUUGCUGAAAUUAUAAAAAAACAAUUCUCAUUAUUAACACCACUAAAUACCUCCACAUCAAAAUUUGAAAAAAAUGCUAACACUGAAAAAAAAAAGAAGAAAAAACAAGUUGAUAAAAAUUUUCCUCUGAUAUCAGUUAGAAGAUCUACAAGACUUUUAAAUUCUCCUUCUGUUGUAUAUAAAGAAGAAGAUGAUAAAUUUAUAUCUUAUGAAUCGAAAUCAGAGCCAAACAAGCCUCCAAUUGUUCGACCACCUAAUGAUUAUGGAGCUGUACCAGGUGUUGACAUUGGUUUUCACUGGGAAACCAGAAUGGAAUGUUCUAUGUAUGGUGUACAUAGGCCUACAGUAGCUGGAAUUCAUGGUGGCCCAAAUGGAGCAUAUUCAAUUGCUUUGUCUGGAGGCUAUCCUUAUUGGGAAGCUAGGGGUAAAACAGGACAUAGAAUUUAUAGAUUCAGAAUGGAAAGAAUGGAAAAUCAGCCGCCACCACCAUGGGAAAAAAUAAAAAAAAACAAUUUGAGUAAGCUAACAAAUGAAAAUCUUAAUUGUGAAGUAGAAGAAGAUGAAGAAGAAUCAAAAGAAAAUGUGAGCCCUGAUCAAAAUAAUUUUAAUAAUAAUAAUAAUGCUGGUAAUAUUGUUUCGAAUGAAGAUUUAUCACAUGUUGACUGCGAAAUUGAAAAUUGCAUUAAAUUUUUCUGUAAAGUUGUUCAAAUAAACAAUGGAAUUUCAUCAAAUGAUAAAUCGGAUGAAUCUGACUUUCAGGGUUGGGAUAAUGUAUGA